AAAGCGUGGAAGUUGCGUGUCAAGGAAGAUCAAGCUCCAUUGAUCCACAUCCGACGAUGUUCUCCAUGCUCAUCGUAAUCAUCCUCAACCGCGAUUGCUAUUCGCGUGCCGCAAAUAGACCACGUGUGGUAGCCCCGACGACCACGUGACGGUAGCGCGCGAGCUCCUGGUGUGUCGCGGACGACACGUGUAGACCGGACGACGGGCAGAGUCAGGUCGGUUCGCGCUCGUUCCCUCUCUCGGCUGGGAUCACGUGCCAUCUGUCGUUACGACAGCGAGAGAGCGAGAGAGCGGCAUGCGCUUAUCAGGCCGCUGCUCUACUCUUACGGCAGUUCGAAGUGUACGCGCGCGAGCGCCGAGAGAGAGCCCUUGUGACCUUUCUCGCGUAGUCCGUGGUGACCUUAGUUUGAACCUGAUCGUGAAACUGCGCGCUCCAGCCGGCCGGGUGUCUCCUCCGGCCAGUCUAGACACGAGCAGCAGCCAGUGCCGCGAACGCUCCGUCUUCUCCUCUUCUCCGUCGCGUUGCCAAGAGACAUCGAAAACGAUUACAGAGCAACGAAGAAAAUGUCAAGGGAACGCGCCUCUAGACGAUUUUACCGUAUAGACAGCACCAAUGAUCUAUUCGAAUUCAUGGACCGCGGCUACACCGCCCAGAAUGAGAAUCGAUGGAACUUCGAAGUCGCCUGGGAGGCCGCCAACAAAGUUGGUGGAAUCUAUACAGUGAUACGAUCCAAAGCUUACGUCUCGACGGAAGAGAUGGGCGAUCAGUAUUGUCUGAUCGGCCCGUAUAAGGAAACUUCGGCGCGCACCGAGGUUGAAGAGAGCGACUUCCUGCCGCACAAUCCUCUCCAUCAGACGGUGCAAAAAAUGCGCGAUCAAGGAUACAAAGUGGUAACGGGGACCUGGUUGGUGGACGGGAAUCCCCAAAUCAUUUUGUUCGAUGUUGGAAGUGCCGCCUGGAAGAUGGACGAGUAUAAGCAGGAGUUAUGGGAUUCUUGUCACUUUGGUAUACCUCAUCUCGAUAUCGAAGCUAAUGACGCCGUUAUAUUUGGAUAUUUAGUUUGCCAAUUCAUCUCCGAGUUUAGGAAGGCGGCCGAAGGAUACUCGUCCACCGCACCGAGGGUGGUUGUGCAUUGUCACGAAUGGCAAGCGGGUAUCGGGCUGAUCGCUCUGAGAACAAAAAAUGUGGACGUGGCUACGGUGUUCACCACUCACGCCACUCUUUUGGGUAGAUAUCUCUGCGCGGGGAAGACUGACUUUUACAAUAAUCUGGAUAAGUUUAGUGUCGAUGAAGAAGCAGGCAAGCGACAGAUAUAUCACAGAUACUGUAUGGAACGCGCGGCGACGCACUUGGCACAUGUGUUCACGACCGUCUCCGACAUUACCGGUUUUGAGGCCGAGUAUUUGCUCAAACGCAAACCGGACAUUAUCACGCCGAACGGGUUGAACGUGAAGAAGUUCGCGGCGUUGCAUGAAUUUCAGAAUUUACACGCUAUCAGCAAGGAGAAGAUACACGAGUUCGUGCGUGGCCACUUUUAUGGACACUACGACUUCGAUCUGGACAAAACCCUGUACUUUUUCAUCGCUGGUCGAUACGAAUUCGGGAACAAGGGUGCCGAUAUCUUCAUAGAAGCCUUGGCCAGAUUGAACCACUAUCUGAAAUCGUCGAGGCCCGACUUGACCGUGGUCGCUUUUCUCAUUUUCCCCGCAAAAACCAAUAACUUUAACGUCGAAUCUCUCCGUGGUCACGCCGUAACGAAAUCCUUACGAGAUACCAUUAACGAUAUACAACAGAAAAUAGGAAAACGGAUGUAUGAAUUAUGCCUUUCUGGUCGUAUGCCGGAAGCCGAAGACUUGUUACAGAAAGAGGAUACUAUUAAAAUCAAACGAUGUCUUUACGCACUCCAGAGGAAUGGAUUACCACCUAUUACGACGCACAACGUUGUUGAUGACUAUCACGAUCCGGUAUUGAACGCCAUUAGGAGAUGCAAUCUUUUCAACACCGUCCACGAUCGCGUUAAGAUGGUGUUCCAUCCGGAGUUUCUUUCGUCAACGAAUCCGUUAUUCGGUCUCGACUACGAAGAGUUUGUCAGAGGAUGUCACUUGGGUGUGUUCCCCUCGUACUACGAGCCAUGGGGAUACACGCCGGCCGAGUGCACGGUCAUGGGGAUUCCCAGUAUCACGACGAAUUUGUCGGGUUUCGGGUGUUUCAUGCAGGAGCACAUAGCGGACCCGAUGAGCUACGGCAUCUACAUCGUCGACAGGCGUUUCAUCAGCCUGGAGAAUAGCGUGCAGCAGCUCGCGCAAUAUAUGUUCGAUUUCGCGCGGCUCAGUCGCCGGCAGCGCAUCAUCCAGAGGAACCGCACGGAACGUCUGAGCGAUCUUCUCGACUGGCGAAAUCUUGGCAUCUAUUAUCGCCAAGCGAGAAUCAAAGCGCUGACCACUGUGUACCCGGAACUCCAGUCAGAGUACGCGGAGGGUGGUGUCGGCCGAUUCACUUAUCCGCGACCGAUCAGCGAGCCGCCGUCCCCAUUGUCUUCGCGGCACACGACACCGGCGGCGUCCGUGCACGGAUCCGACGAUGAGGAUGAGGUCGACGACGAGAAAGAGCUAGCGGAACUACGGAAUCCAAGUGGAAACUGAGACAAUGGAAGUCGAGAGGGAGAGCGAUAAGCAAUUAUGUGCGAUGAAAUGUAAACCGAUCGAUCGAGGAAGGAUCGCGUAACGUAGUGCCAAAAUGUUAGUAGAGACGUCUUCACGGAGCGGAGUACACGUGUUCAAAUUUCGGAUAAAAGUUUUGAAGAUAGUUUCGUCGUUUGUCUGCCACACUGGCUCGUGUGCAAAGACACAGAAGAUUCAGCGAAGUCAAAGAGAAACGCAGCAAUACUCGCAACACGGCUUAUGAUCGUACUGAUCAUUUUUUAGAAUGCAAUAAUACUAUUUAUUACAUUAGCUUUAUUCGUUAACGGCAUAACUCGCUUAGUUCGUCUCUUAUCCAAAUUUCCGAUCGUGUGUGCGAUAUCGAGUUACGUUCAGACGAUAUAUAUUAUUAUUAUUAUUAUUAUAUAACGCGACCAGAGAAGUUCGAAUGCGCAAAAGGAAGAAAGAGACAAUAUUCGCCCGUACAUGCAUUACACGUCCUACGCACAUCGCGCUUCACACUUAUAUGACAAUAUAGUCGGUGAAUUUGUAUACAUAUAUUAUUAUACGGUAUGAGUGGAAUAUGUUCGUGUAUAGAAACAAUGAUAUUUUUAUUAGAAUUGGCACUUGAAUAAAAAUUUCUAUCAUUCUU